UUCCGCUUCCGGGGCCGAUGGGCUCCGUUUCCCUUCCCCUUGAGCCGCAGCGGCCAUGGCCAGUUACACCAAGGCUGCCCAGCAAUGGGCUACUUUUGCCAGAGCUUGGUAUCUCCUAGAUGCAAAGAUGCAACCACCAGGAAAAAUAGCAGCUGCGACUGUAAUCAGACUUGAAGGCAGGCAUAAACCUAUUUAUCAUGCACUAAGUGACUGUGGAGAUCACGUUGUCAUAAUAAAUACAAGACACAUUGCUUUUUCUGGUAACAAAUGGGAGCAAAAAGUAUAUUCUUCACAUACUGGUUAUCCUGGUGGUUUCAAACAGGUGACAGCAACUCAGCUCCAUUUGAAAGACCCAACUGCUAUCGUCAAGCUAGCUGUUUAUAGAAUGCUUCCAAAAAACCUCCAGAGAAGAACUAUGAUGCAGAGGUUGCACCUGUUCCCAGAAGACGUUAUCCCAGAAGAUAUAGAGAAGAAUCUUCUCCAAGAGAUUCCUCAGCCACGUGCAGUCCCCAGGAGGUUAGAUGAAUAUACACCAGAAGAAAUCGCAGCCUUCCCAAGGGUUUGGACUCCGAACUGCUAAGUCCAAGCAGAGAGAGGAAGAAUGGAAGUGGUCAUCUCCCAUCUCUGCUGGCCUCAGGGUGCAUCGGUGUUGCCACUGCUGCAAUUCUGGCUUCUUGUCCUGGCCUGCAACCAGCCCAUAAUAGAUGUUGGAUACUGGUGUCAAACAGAUGAGCUCAAAUUUAACUUCCAGCUCACUUUGAUAUUGGGCAGAGUUUCCAAUCUGGACUAAUGAGAAAAACAAUCGUGUUUUUCUUCCUGACUGAGGGAAUAGAAGUAUCACGGUCAUUCUGCAGCACUGACAGUGCGGUGGGGAUCUGACUCUCGUUGUGAA